CCCAUUUCUCCACUCCACCUUUGUUUUUUCUUCACCCUCUAUAAUCCCGCCUUCUACAGCGGAUCCCCGCCCUGCGGCCGUCCUGCAGUAUCCACUAAAAAAAGGCGCCUCUUAGCGUCCUAGAGUAGCACCGGGCAGCCCUGCUUUUGCUUAUCACUUUGCGCGCUGAGGGUCCCCCCGUCGACGAUUCAGGUUCUUUUUUAUUUCCCUACUCGUCCGCACCACUCCUCCACAGCCUUUCUUUUCUUCUCUUCCUCUUCAGUUUGUCUCGCCAAAGAAACCGUCCUUCGCUUUCUUCACACAGACCAUCAUGAAGUUCCUCGCUGUCGCCGCCCUUGCUGGCGUUGUUGCCGCCAACGGUGCUUGCCCUGCCGGCGCCGAGAACAAGUACACUGCCACUGGUGUCCAGGACGUUCUCGCUGCCCAAGCCACGGCCAAGACCUCCAGCCCUACCUCCAACGUCAAGGGCAAGGCCUUUGACCGCAUCGCUCACAUCUGGUUCGAGAACCAGAACUACGACAAGUCCAUUGGCGACCCCAACUUCAAGUCCUUUGCCGACAAGGGCAUCCUGCUCGACAGCUACUUUGCCGUCACUCACCCUUCGCAGCCCAACUACAUGGCUGCUGUCCUUGGUGAUUACUUUGGCAUGCAGAACGAUGACUUCCUUUCUACCCCGUACAACGUUAGCUCUGUCAUCGACCUCCUCCAGUACCGCGGCAUCUCGUGGGGCUUCUACCAGGAGGACAUGCCCUACUCUGGCUUCGAGGGCUACGGCUUCAAGAACCAGCAGAACGGCCGCAACGACUACAUGCGCAAGCACAACCCCGGCAUGCAGGCCGACUCCAUCAUGCACUGGGAGCAGCGCCUGUCCCAGAACAAGAACCUGUCUCUGAUUGACACCUCACGUUCCAUGUUCCACAAGGACCUUGCUGAGGACAAGCUUCCCCAGUGGAUGUUCAUCACCCCCAACAUGACCUCUGACGGCCAUGACACCGACAUCACCACCGCUGGCAAGUGGCUCGCCAAGUUCCUCACCCCUCUUCUUGACGACAAGAAGUUCAUGAAGAACACCCUUGUUGUCAUCACCUUUGAUGAGAACGAGAGCUACCCCGAGAAGAACCACAUUCUUGCCAUCCUCAUUGGUGACGCCGUCCCCAAGGAGCUUGUUGGUACCACCGACACCAACUUCUACAACCACUACUCUGAGAUUGCUACCGUCUCUGCCAACUGGGACCUCCCCACCCUUGGCCGCUGGGAUGUCGGUGCCAACGUUUACCAGAUGGUUGCCAAGAAGACUGGCGACACUCUCCGCAAGUGGGCUUCCGCCGAUACCUUCAACGCCCGCUACUACAACUACUCGUACGCUGGCCACUUCAACACUCACGGUGGUAACCCCGUCUUCCCCGCCCCCAACUUGGACCUUGACAACAGCUUCAAUGGCCGCAAGAUCCUUUCCACCAUUAAGAAGCGCUGGGCUGGCAGCACUGCUCCGUCCUACUACAAGGACACCAUUGAGCUUCCUGACGGUCUUGCCCCUCCCCAGGGCUAUGCCCCUAUCCCUUAAGCUACUUAAGUGACGGGUUAGCUGAUGCUGUUUGACAUGCUCCAUGUAUGAUUCAUAUCUUGUUUGAUAGAGGCCACAGAUUGGCCAUUUUACGAUGUGACGGUAUUUGGGUAUUAGAGGUAUAUAACAACAAAGUUCCAAAUGCUAUAUUUACCAACUUUUUUUUUCACUUUAUUAUGUAAACAAUGGCAGUAAAAAAAAGCCGUU